CCUAUCAGUCCAUCGCAUAAUCAAUCGACCAAACGAUGGGAUUCGGCCUCAAUUAAGGGCGACUCAAAUCACUGCAAAAAGAAGUCCAAUACUCGUAAAACAACACAACCACUGAUGUUAAGGACAUUGGGAUCCAGUCUUCAGGUGCGCAAUGAACAGAAGGCCACCAAAGUGUUGGGACUCGUCUUCUUCGCAUUUGUCAUCUGUUGGGCGCCUUUCUUCAGCUUAAACUUCCUCUUCGGAGUCCUGCCCUCACAUCUCUUGGGACCUAACAUUCCCGAUGAAGUGACCACUACUUUCCUGUGGCUCGGCUACAUCUCAAGCAUCAUAAACCCCAUCAUUUACACCAUAUUUAACCGCAACUUUCGUCGGGCUUUCAAACGUAUACUUUUGUGCCAAAUCUGUGCAAACGAAUCGCUUCCCAAUAGCCGACGCUUUAGUCGCACGGCUUCUCAAACCCGAGACAACACGACACACACUAAGAGAAGUUCGGCGUCGCCGGCACACCAGACCUCCAGACACUGUGAUAUCAACACCUCAUUCAAUGAGAACAGUGACACCAAUGACAGCAAUAACCAUAGGAGUCAUCACUAUAACUAUAACUACAAUAAGCCCCUGUCCUGGAAGUUCAACACCACAUUCAAUGCCCGCAAUAAUAGACAUCAUUCC